UGAAUCCUGAACGAGGGGCGCCUUUCCGAGGUACAUUCUUGAUCAUCCAAUGACUUCUCGUUGUAAACUCACCUAGUUGACCUAUCAGAAUGUCGAACGCAUCAGAUACGGCCAGGUACCUUGAGGUCGACUUCAGGACACCCAUAUAUGCGAGGUACGGUUGCAUUUACCAACUGUGAGCGAGCGUAUGAUUGUACUCGCUGAUCGAAACAGCGGCACGUUCCCGAUUCUGGCCCAGGAGCUCCUCGAGCUCGUGGCCGACUUCCUCUGAGACGAAUCCAUACAGCUCACCAGGUGCUGCCUCGUCUGCCCCGCUUGGUACCAUGCUGCAAGGCGUCACCUCAGCUCGAGUAUAGUCAUCCGGAGUACAACAGCCUUGGGCGACUUGGUCCAUGUCCUCAUGUCCAGGGGGAACGGUCGGUAUGGGCGAGCUCUGCAUGCCCUGGAGAUCCAAGACGAUCGCGUGAAGCCGUAUGCGCACAGCCUGCCAGUGUCUGUGCGCGGGCCUGGAUGUCUCCUCUUGCGCGCUUGUGGCGCCUCAUGUUUGUGAGACUGGACUGGACGGUGUCACUGUCCAGCUGGCGCCUCUGGCCAGCGCGGUGCAGCAACCUCUACAUGCUGUCGGUUGGAACCUCAACUCGAUAUUCCUCUUCGGCGAUGGGGAGCGUGACUACCCCGUUGGAACCUCUGACGCGCUGCGUCUUCACCGAAGUGUUGUCGACCUGCUGUGCUCGUAUUCGACGACGGUCAAUCUCACACUCCAGAUGUCCCAAAUAUUUUCGUUCUCAGAAUUCGAAGCGUUGUUGCACGCGUUCCCUGCUUUUCGCGAGGUUCAUCUCACAGGUGAUCCCAACUUGAAGUGGGAACUUCCGAGUCCCUCGUUCGGCGAUGUCCCUGCUCUGCUUGCUUCUGGGUCCACGGAGACGAUGUUCGACACAGGGGACAGGGUCUAUCUGUUGCAGGUGACUUCGACAUUUGCUGCAAGGUUCUUCGGGCUGUAUGCGCACCGAUGUCGCCAGCUUCAGCAGCUACACAUAUCGUUCCUGAACACGUCGCCACCUGCGCUGCAACAAUCCGUGCAAAGGUUACUACGGGAGUCUGGUGCAGUGUUGAAGGGCUUCAGUUGGGAACGCCACCGGGAUCCUGAAGUUUCGAGCCUUCCACAGCAUUCCCCAGACCCCAUGCCGCCCAUGGUUCCACACAACGGCGGCCGAAAAUCUAUUCGUGGCCCUUUCCAGCCCUUCAUCGCACACCAUGUCUUGCCCUCCUAA